GCGUUAGCGGUUGUUUUUAACAUCCUAUAUAGAAUAACUCGAUUUAAAAUAAGGCUGUUUUUUCAUUAAAAAAAAAAUUUAAAAAAAUUAGAAUGCAAAAUCACUGCGCUGUGCCGAACUGUCCCAGUGGCAAAUCUGACCGGCAGCCCCUCUUCCGGUUCCCGAGUGAUGCAGAAAGGUCCAAAAAGUGGGUUGAAAAAUGCCAGAGGCAAGACCUCAUCGACAAAUCACCAGGCCACCUGUCCAGAUACUACAGAGUCUGUGGGAAACAUUUUGGGCCCUCUUUGAUUGACACUGAUGCUCAGAGUACCGUGCUGAAGGAUGAUGCCAUACCAGCUAUUUUUGAUAUGACAAGCCAACCUCAAAAUGGACAGGCGAAGCGCACUAAGCAGACAACCAAAGAUAAUGAAAUGGAAAGUAAGGGAAGGAAGAAAAUGAAAAAGUCACAAGCAGCAGCAGCUAAGGAAGAUGUCCAGGCAGUGUCAGAGGAAGAGGAAUACAAAGAGUAUCUGAAGUCAUUAUUUGAAGUUCUUCUACUGCUGGGAGAGCAAAGCAUUCCUCCUACAGGGCCUGCUAAUAAUAACGACCAAGGCCUUGGGUCCAGCAACUUUCAGGCAUUGCUAGAUAAUCGCAUCAUCUGUGGAGAUGAAGCCCUAAAGAAGAGGUACGAUGCAAACAAGGAGUGCUGCUCCACCGAACAGCUGAAUCAGCUGAUUGAGGUGUGUGAGAAAUUCAUCCGCAGUAAGGUAGUGGAGGAAAUUAAACAAAGCAGCUUUUUCUCAUUAGUCACUGGUGAUGUAGUGAAGAUCUCUGGAGAAUGGCACCUCCCCGUCUUUCUUCGUUAUGUGAACGAGUCUAACUUUCAGAGGGAGAGGUUUGUUGGAUUCUUGAGCUUUGAUGGAGAUGGAGAUGCACUUGCAGAGAAACUGCUGUCUGAAAUGACUGACAGCUGGGGAUUAGAUAUGGAAAAGUGUAGAGGUCAAGCCCACUCCUGCUCAGCGACACAUUUUAGUCAAAUAAAAGCAUUGGCUGCCAAACUGAUGGAGAUGUACCCAAGAGCUGUGCUUGCACUGAGAUCUACUCAAUCCUUGAACAUGUCACUGGCCAAUGGGAUGGCUUUCUCAGGCGUGCAGCUCGUCAUGUUCACCUUUAAGAAGAUUGAGUCUUUUUUCAGUCAGUCCCCAUUACUGCAGUUGGAGCUCGAGCACGCCAUUUCAAUUUUCUACCCAGACAAUGAGGAGAAAGCCAACGAGCUGAAGGAGCUCUGUCGCAGCGGGUGGACCAGAAGAAAUGAUGCAUUUGAGGUGGCAUUGGAGAUCCUAGAGCCACUGCUGCUCUGUGUAGACAGUGUGCAUGACAAUGAAGACAUGAAAUGGAAUGAUCAAGUCUCACACAACGCCUUAGAGAUAUCAAAAGCACUGACAGACUUUGAGUUUGUGAUGGCGUUGGUUGUGCUGAAAAACGUGAUGACGCUGACCCAAGCCUUUGGGAAAAAUAUGCACGGGAACGCCACAGAAGCCUACUUGGCUGCGGUCAGUUUAAAAGCCGUAUUCCAUUCCCUGAAGGAAGUGUCGGACAACAUCGACGUGUAUCACGAAUUCUGGAACGAUGAGGCUCUCAACAUAGCCGCAGCCAUGGAAAUUCCAGUGAAGGUUCCUCGGUCAUUCUUGAGGAAGCAUCAGGCAGAAUCUGGAGCCGUUCGGCCAGAGAGUUACUACAAAGAACACCUGUCUGUCCCUGUGGUGAGUCACACCAUCAGAGAAAUGAAUGAGCUCUUCUGUGAAGACCACCUGAAGCUUCUGAAGUGUUUGUCACUGGUCCCUGCUGUCAUAGAGCAGCACAAGUCCACAGAACCCGAAGAGGUGAACAUGCAGGCUUUUAAUAAUGACAUCCCAAAUGCAGGGACCCUCUCUGCCGAGUUACACUGUUGGUGGGUUAAAUGGAGCAAAAAGGGCAAAGGUGAGACUUUACCUUCCAGCCUCCAUGAAACGCUGCAGCUGGCAGAUGUCAAGUUCUUCCCAAACAUGUUGGCGGUCCUGAAACUGAUCGGAGUGCUGCCCACCUUGGGUCUGGAGGACAGCUGCAAUGUGGCGUUUAAGCGCUUCAGGAUGUACAUGGAGAACACACCUGACAAAUUUAAAUCCAAAAGCCUUGCUCUUCUGAACAUUAAUUAUGAUGUUGAGUUUGAUCUGGACUCAAUGGCUGAAAUCUACAUGAAGACAUACCCUGAGGUGCAGCAGGAGUCCUAGUCAGGUGUUGCGCUGUAGUGAAGCUUUUAUGCAGGUGUUAGCUGCUUCCUACUUUAAAUAUAUAUGUGUGUAUAUAUAUUUUCUUUUACACAAACACAGAUCACAAAGUGGUCGAUUUUUUUUAAAUAAAAAAGCUGGUGUACAGGAAAGGACUCUGCAUUGAUUGUUGCGUAGUAACUUUAUCCCUUAAGUGUACAUCCACUCUCGUCUGUAACUUGCCCAGAUUACACAAACCAUGGAAUAUUUGAAGUUUUGGAAAACAAAAUGAGAAGCUCACCGUCUGGCUCUGCCCAUGACUGCCCUUCAUUUACAUGAAAACAGCCCCCAAGGCGCAAUGAGCACCGUAGCUGUACAUGUGUUUGGUGAAUGUUCGGUUUAGCCCUGAAACUGAAGUUUGUUUUUUUGUGAUAAAAUGUAGAAAUGAGAGAACUGGCCUGCUCUUCUGAGCUAACCCCCAUGUCCCUGGACUCUGCUUCCAUCAGUCGUGCUAUUUAUGCUGUAUUUAUGUAAUGUGGCAUGGAGGGAAAGGGUGGAAAGAUUCCAGCAUGAUCAGAUAAAUCAUUGAUCCAAAUCCCAGCAGUCUCAUUCUGGCUUCCAGAUUGUGUCUGUGUUAGAAUGUGAAUUUAUUCUUCUGUAAGCUCUGUCAAAGUGAGUAAGGGCAUUCAUCUAUAAAUGCCUCCCUGAAUGUGCCAAUAAAGAGUGAGGCUGUCUGAUAUUUUACAUUUUGUGGUCCUUGUUUUUCAUUGAACAUUUUUAUAGCUGUCUGCACCUACCACUAUCCAUUUUGCAUUUGGGGUAAUAUGUCUGGAUGGAGUGUGCUGAGUCACUUAAACAAAAUUUGCUCUAUAGUGUUGGGUGUAAAUGAAAACUGAGCUGACUGAGGACUUACACCGUUGUCCUGCUUGUGCAGUUUGCUGAAACUGCUGCACUAACCUUAAGUCUCAUUUUUGAAUUCCAAAUAAAAAAUGAAUUGCUUUGAACUUCUGAUUUGUGUCUAGAAGGAGGGUGUU